UCUCCUCCCACCCCAUCAUCCUCCGUCUUCUCCCCCAUCGCCCCAUCUCCCCCAAUUCUUUCUUCUUUUCUUUUCUUCCUUAUUAGGGAAAUCUGCUUAGGUUUACUUUGGUUGAUUCUCAUUUGGGGACUCGUUCACGACACAAAGAAUCAUGAGCUCCCCUUUCGACAUCAAUGGCGGCGCCUGUGUCGCCAUGGUCGGCAAGGACUGUGUCGCAAUCGCCUGUGAUCUCCGUCUAGGCAUGCAGUCCCUGACCGUCUCGAACAACUUCCCCAAGAUCUUCAACUACGGCCCAUCCACCUUCCUUGGCCUGACCGGUCUGGCCACCGACGUGUCGACCGUGUCCGAUCUCUUCCGCUACAAGGUCAACAUGUACCGCCUCCGGGAGGAACGCAACAUCGCGCCCCAAACGCUGGCCAACCUGGUCAGCUCGUCGCUGUACGAGAAGCGGUUCGGUCCGUUCUUCGUGAGCCCGGUCAUCGCCGGUAUCAACUCGACCUCGGGGAAACCCUUCAUCUGCGGGUUCGAUAGCAUCGGGUGUAUUGAUUUCGCCAAGGACUUCAUCGUCAGCGGGACAGCUAGUGAUCAGUUGUUUGGUACAUGCGAGGGUUUAUGGGAGCCUGGUUUGUCGGCGGACGAUCUCUUCGAGACCAUCUCGCAGGCCCUCCUCAGUGCCGUGGACCGAGAUGCCCUCUCGGGUUGGGGCGCCCACGUGUACAUCAUAGAGAAGGACAAGGUGACCCAGCGGCUACUCAAGGGACGACAGGAUUAGAGCGUAAUGUCCGGUACUUUUUUCUAAUUGAAUGUCUCUUCAUCUUCCA